UAGGCACAAAAACAUUUGGAUACGCCCACUAUGACGUAUACCUCGAGUUUCGCGUUCCGGUCCAAUCCCCGCAUUCCUUCAGUUAAUACCACCUCCUCUGACUUCAGAUUCACUUCCUAUAUUUGCCGCGAGUGGCGCUGCCUUUCAGCGCGUCUGUUGAACUUCGUUUGUUAAUAUUGCCAACUAGGUAUAUUUUGAAGUAUUGGAAACUUCUUCGCUAUUAAUUCAUGAAAAUUUCUUCGCAAUGUUUUAACAAAAUUUUCAUAGUAAAAUGAUGAAAUUGUUGGCUAUACUGCUUGGCUUGGUCCACCUCGGGAGGAGGAGCGAACCGGAGCGAACAGGGGACCGUUCAGGUUAUGUAGUGAACGUUUUGAUUAAAAAAAUGAACCCCGCUGCGAUUCCAGUACCCGUUGAGGAUGUACAAGGAGAUGGAAGGUGGCUCAGCAUGCAUAAACGGUUUUUGUUGGAGGCAAAAGAGAAAGAACCAGAAGUUAUUUUCAUUGGAGACUCGAUCAUACAACAGAUGUCAAACUGUGAAAUUUGGAGUAAAUAUUUUGUUCCAAUGCAUGCUCUAAAUUUCGGGAUAUCCGGCGACCAGACGCAGCACGUAUUGUGGAGAAUUGAAAAUGGAGAGCUGGAACAUGUUAAUCCAAAGGUAAUAGUUGUCCUUGUGGGAACAAACAAUUUUGACUUUUCUCCAGAGGAAAUUACUGAGGGGAUAUUGGAAAUUGUGAGAGUUAUACGUGAAAAACAGCCCCAAGCAUACAUUGUACUGCCUACAUUGCUACCUCGAGGGCAGAAUCCAAAUCCUUUGCGAGAGAGAAAUAGCAAAGUGAAUAAAUUGGUCAGUGAGCGAGUCACCAGUGAUUCUCGUUGUGAAGUAGUAGCCAUAGACAAAGGUUUUGUUCUUGCAGAUGGGACUAUCAGUCACCACGAUAUGUUUGAUUACCUUCAUCUAACCAAUUUGGGUUAUCAGAAAGCCUUUGAACCUGUAUAUGAAUUGUUGCUUCAACUGCUGAGUGAGGGAGAAAAAGAAGAUGAUGCCAAUACUAUUUCUGAAUGAAAUGUAUCCUCUUGCCAAUUCCCAAUCAAUCGAUCAGUGUCACAGCUUCACUUUAAAAUACACUCUUGACUGCCAUGUUAUAAAAAUCAUCAAAUGUUUCUACACUUAUAACAAAAAUUUUCUUGUUUACUUGAAGUAUAUAGGAUGCUGGUUAAUAGUUUUACUCACUGCUAAAAUCUGAUCCCUUAAACACUUUUUAAAUGAUCUAGAAGUUUGAUGAGAGUAAUAUUGUUAAUGCAUUUCUUAGGUUUACACUGCAAUGGCAUUAAUUCAUGUAGAUAUUAUUGUAUGUUGUAUUGAUAUUUGUUAUUCCUUAUUUCUUCAUGAAGUAAUUUGUUAGUCUAGUCUGUUUAUUCAGUUUGAUAAGUUUUUAUUUGGAAGUUAUUGGAUGAAGUUCUAGGUUACACACUUUGGAGAUUGUGUUCCUAAGAAAGAUAAUACUGUAUUGGAGGAUACUGUAUGAUACAAGCUUGUUACUGAAACAAUGCUGAAAUAAGUUUGACCAGUGGGUUUAACAUUACUGGUAGAAUUAUUAUUAAUAUGAAGUUGAGAUGUAGAAUAUGAAUACUCUACGAUUUCUUGUAUUGCUUGAAGCACAGAACUGUCCCAGAGAAUAGGAUUUUAAAAAGACUGGUCUUCUAUUUCUUUGUCCUAAUGUUUCUUUAUUCAGUUUAAAAUUAAAUGCUGUUGUGAGGAAUCAGCUUGACCAAGGCAACGAGACUGAAAUACUAGAAUACGAAUGAGUGUUAUCAUUGAGCAUGUCCAUUUCCAAGAGUGGUAAGCUACUAUCAGUGAAAAUUGUACUUAACGUUUGACAUGUCAUUAUGUUAUGUGAAACACUACUUUUAAAUAUGGCAAGCUCAUUGUGGAUCUGCAGGUUUCAAAGCUGCAAGAAGAGUUUGAUUUAGUGUUCAUACAUUUUAAGAAGUUUUUGAAAGGAAUGUUAAAAUAAAUAGGUUACCAUUGAACAUUGUGAUGAAAUGAAUGUGAGUAUUGGCAUAAAUCAUUUCUAGAAUUGCCAUAAGUUUAUAGCUUGAAAAAUUUUGCUUUCUAUUACUUACUGUAAAUCAGGUCCAAAUAAUGGUUUUAUCAGUCACAUGAGCAUGUUCUAAAUUGUUCAGUGAUAUAGUUGCCUUGCCGAUGCCGAAUCAAAAUUGGAUGAAUAUCAGGUGAAUGCAAGAUGAAACACAUUCCACAGAAUUGUUAAUUUUGAAGCAUUUUGCUCAAUGCACUGUUAGAUUUGUACACAAAAGAAGCCUUGAUGUUUUAUUGUAAUUCAGAUAUUCAAGGUAACAUCCUAAGAUUUUCUAGUUGCAUUUUAAGUAUGAAUGAAAUAUAUUAUUGUAUGAUAAAUGUGUAGGAGGAUUUCAUUGCCAUUUUCAGAUUCUCAUCUACCUAGGCUACUGGAUAAGUCACAAUGACUUGUGCUUGGUCACUGCUGAGUGAAUUUACUUUUGUAUGGAUUUUUUUUGCCAUUUUAAACUUAUUUAUGUAAAUACAUUAUUUUUCUUCAUGUUUAUAAUCAUUUUCUUGCCAAUUUCCUUGUUUAAUCGUCCUGUCUUUAAUUUUAAAAGUAAUCCAUACAUUUCUUGAAAAAUUUAAACUGAAGAUCAUUGAAAUAGAUUCCAGCGUAUUAUUGUAGUGGAAAAGUACAUAACAAAGAUUGAAUUUUCAGGUUUAUAUAAAAAUUAAAUUAAUAUUGUCUCAUGAGAGCCACUUCAAGAACUACCAUUUUCUUAUUGGAAACCAAUGUAAUUUUGUGUUACUGUCAGUCUUUCAUUUGUAGAGGAUAUCUAAUGGCAUUGUAAAAGGGAAUGGAAUUUCAUGUAAAUUCACGUUCUUGCUGGUCAAGAAACCAUCAUUUAAUAUUUUUUUAGUUUGCAUGAUAUUCUCAAUAAAUUAAAACCAUUUUUAAUUUACAUAUGUUUGUAUGGUUUGGUAUUAUUACAUCUUUUACCAAUGACUAUAGGGGUCGCCA